AUGGUCUGGCCCUUGCAGGCGGCCCAUGAAACCGACAGCCCAGAUACGAGGCUAGGAGCGUGCACAGACCGACCUGGCGAACCCAGGGUUUGCCCACCUUCUAGAGGAUUCGAUACGACCACCAGGCGCCGUAUAUACACCACCACCCGACCUCCUCUCGUCCGUCUCCUCCUCGCCAAGGAAAAAGAGCUGCUGCCAAGACACCACCCUCAGCUGCGGCGGCUACCAGAAGCAAAGCUCCAGAAGCUUCUCUGGCCUCGGCAACGGCCUCCACGCCGCGGGUACGAUCCAGCCCCAUGCCUCCCGCUUGGUGUAGUUCGCGAUCUAGAUCUCAGAACCAGUAGUGACCGGGAAGAUAAAAAGGACAGGUCGGAGAUGAGUGUGGUGGGGUUUGAUCUUGGCAAUGAGAGCUGCAUUGUGGGGGUGGCGCGGCAGCGCGGAAUCGACGUGGUCCUCAAUGAAGAGUCCAAGCGGGAGACCCCAGCUAUUGUCUGCUUUGGCGACAAGCAGCGUUUCAUCGGCACUGCAGGUGCCGCCAACUCCACCAUGAACCCCAAGAACUCCAUCUCCCAGAUCAAGCGCUUACUGGGACGCAAGUUUGCUGAUCCUGAGCUGCAGAAUGAUAUUAAGGCCUUCCCAUUCGGUGUCUCGGAGGGCCCUGAUGGGUUCCCGCUUGUUCACGUACGGUAUCUGGGGGAGGAGCGCUCGUUCACCCCCACACAGCUGCUUGCCAUGGUGCUGUCCAAUUUGAAGGCCAUCGCUGAGGGUAACCUCAACUCGGCUGUUAUUGACUGCUGCAUUGGUAUCCCAGUCUAUUUUACUGACCUGCAGCGGAGGGCUGUUAUUGAUGCUGCAACAAUUGCUGGUCUCCGGCCAUUGCGUUUGUUCCAUGAGACUACUGCGACAGCAUUGGCAUAUGGGAUCUACAAGACUGAUCUACCUGAGAAUGAUCAGCUGAAUGUGGCAUUUGUUGAUGUUGGGAAUGCCAGUAUGCAGGUCAGCAUUGUUGGGUACAAGAAGGGGCAGCUCAAGAUGCUAUCACAUGCAUAUGACCGUUCUCUUGGCGGAAGGGACUUUGAUGAAGCCCUUUUUAAGCACUUUGCAGCAAAAUUUAAAGAGGAGUAUAAGAUCGAUGUCUACCAGAAUGCCCGUGCCUGCAUUAGGUUGCGUGUGGCAUGUGAGAAGCUCAAGAAGAUGCUGAGCGCCAAUCCAGAGGCACCAAUGAACAUUGAGUGCUUGAUGGACGAGAAGGAUGUACGAGGAUUCAUUAAGAGGGAUGAGUUUGAACAGAUCAGCGCACCAGUGCUAGAACGUGUGAAGGGGCCGCUGGAAAAGGCAUUGUCAGAAGCUGGCUUGACGACAGAAAGUCUGCACUUUGUUGAGGUUGUUGGAUCAGGCUCUCGCGUUCCUGCAGUAAUGAAGAUAAUUACUGAAUUCUUUGGAAAAGAACCAAGGAGAACUAUGAAUGCAAGUGAAUGUGUUGCCCGGGGAUGUGCUCUCCAGUGUGCUAUUCUUAGCCCGACGUUCAAAGUGCGGGAGUUUCAGGUUAAUGAAGGGUUUCCUUUUUCAGUUGCUUUAUCAUGGAAGCCAGAUGCUCAGAACAAUGAAUCCCAACAAACUGUUGUAUUCCCCAAGGGGAAUCCAAUGCCUAGCAUCAAGGCUCUGACCUUCUAUAGGUCCAGUACAUUUGCAGUAGAUGUUUUGAAUGUUGACACAGAUGAUUUGCAAAUAACACACAAAAUUAGCACUUACACGAUCGGCCCUUUCCAAUCCAGCAAAGGUGAGAAGGCUAAACUGAAAGUGAAAGUUCGCCUCAACAUCCAUGGGAUAGUGUCUCUUGAAUCAGCAACGAUGCUGGAAGAGGAGGAAGUGGAAGUUCCGGUUUCAUCUACGAGUGAGGUGCCAAAGGAUGCUACUAGAAUGGAGACAGAUGAUGCACCGCAGGACCCUGCGUCUAGUGCUGGUGACCAUACGCAGGAACCUAAAGGAGCUGCUGAUCCUGCUGAGGGUGCUGCUGAAAACGGGGCACAAGAUUCUGAGGAAAAAACUGUUCCAAUGGAUACUGACACAAAGGUUGAGCCAUCAAAAAAGAAAGUUAAGAAAACAAAUGUUCCAGUUGCCGAAAUGGUGUAUGGGGCGAUGGGCACUGUUGAGCUAGAGAAAGCUGUUGAGAAAGAAUAUGAAAUGGCUCUUCAGGACAGAGUGAUGGAAGAAACCAAGGACAAGAAAAAUUCAGUCGAGGCUUAUGUUUAUGACAUGCGUAACAAGAUUCAUGAGAAGUACAAUGAUUUUGUCAUGUUGGAGGAUAUAGAAGGGUUGAUGGCUAAACUUCAGGAGGUUGAGGAUUGGCUGUAUGAAGAUGGUGAGGAUGAGACCAAGGGAGUCUAUGUUGCAAAACUAGAAGAACUGAAAAAGCUUGGUGGUCCUAUCGAAAUGCGCUACAAAGAGUGGACAGAAAGAGGUCCAGCUCUUGAGCAAUUGGUGUACUGCAUCCGCAGUUUUAGAGAGGCUGCAUUGUCUGCUGACCAAAAGUUUGAUCACAUAGACAUAUCAGAGAAACAAAAGCUCUUUGCUUUAUCUGCUAAAGAUGUGAAGUCCUCCCAUUUUAGUGUAAUACAUGACAUUGGGGUGAAGAACAAAAUAUUUAGAGAUGACAUUGGGUUCUCUACCUUGGAAAAACUACCUACUUUUUGGGUACUGGUUUUUGUUGUUGAAAAAAGGCCUACUGGAGUCGUUAAUGAGUGCUCGGCCGCAGAGACCUGGCUAAUGGAGAAAAAGCAGCAGCAAGAUGCUCUACCGAAGCAUGCUAAUCCCGUCCUACUUGUUUCUGACAUAAAGAAGAAGGCUGAAGCGCUUGACAGGUUCUGCAAACCCAUCAUGACCAAACCAAGGCCAGCGCCAAAGCCCCAGACCCCGCCACCAGCAGAAACCCCAUCACCCGAGGCUCAUACACCGGAACAACAAUCAAAUGGAGCCGAUGAGUCCGCUGAGCCAGCUAGCGACGGUGCUCAGGAUGAGCAUGCGGCUGAGCAAAUGGACACUGAUAAGGAUGAUCCUUCCCAGUCGAUGGCUCGUUCUUGGGCUUCAGUAGUUGUGUUUCCAAUAGCGGUUGAGAUCGGCAACCCCCCAAUAGCCCAGGCGGAUGUGGUGCUCGAGUCUUCUUUUGCGGCGCACGAGGAUUUGCUGCGCUAUGAUCUUCAAGGCUUUACUUCUUCUCAGCUGAAGGAGGCGGUCCUACCUCCGCGGGAGGUUGUUGUUGCAAUGCAAGAGUCGCUGGUGCUUAAUACAACAAUGUUAGGGGGGCCAGGGCCCCUGCUGGUCCCCUGUCUCCGCCACUGUGCUGGGGUCAGUUCUUCAUCACUGUCAGCCUUAUCCUCGGUGUCGUCUGCUGUCGAGGAAGAGGCCAUCGCCAUGGCCGUUGCCCCUGUGCCGCAGAUCAUGCCCGAGCUUCAACAACUAUGUGCGAGACCUGCUUCGCCUCUAUCCAUGGAGCACAUGGAGGUCAACUCGCCGGCGACCUCGUGUGAGGGACAUGAUCCACCCUUGUCAUGUGAGCAUCUAGAGGCGGCUGAGUCUAUCGCGUCGGUGGUAAUUGUGAAUGAUGAUGUUGAGUUGGAUGAACUUGGGAGGGUUGAUGUUGAGCAUCCGGAGGCGCCUGUGUCCAUCAUGUUGGUCGUAACUGUGAAUUUUUGA